AUGACAGAGAAAGACAGAAGCCUUGACUUAUUGAAAGAGGACAAUCAUGCCUCAGAAGAAAAGCCAGUGUGCACAUUUUUCCUCAAGCGCAAAGUUAAUUUGAAAGCUGCGCGGAAGAGAAAGGGAAGUAAUGAAGGUGGGAGCAGUGAGGAUGAUACUCAAGUCAUCAGAAAGGAAAAGAAACAGGCCAUAGACAAUGUUAUGGUCCAGUCAACCAGCAAGAGUAGGACUUCCAAGAAACAGAGACAACCCAGUAAUGACAGUGACAGUGAUCCUUCAGAUUUGAGUCCAGAUCUUUCAUACAAAUCCAAACGAACUGCUGAACCUGAAGGGCCAAAAGACAUGGGAGCAACAGCCAUAAGUGAGAUUGACACAGAAAGGGAUCGUGAUCCAGAGGCCAUUCAGGAGAGAGCAAAGGAUAUCCAGAAAGAGCUCAAAGGGAAAGAAGAUGAUAAGAUCUAUCGUGGGUUAAAUAACUAUGCCAAGUAUACCAAAGCCAAGGAAUCCAGCCUGGACAAACAAGCUGUACUUGCUCAGAAAGGUCCCAUACGUGCACCUGAACAUCUGAGAGCAACUGUUCGCUGGGAUUAUCAGCCAGACAUCUGCAAGGACUACAAGGAGACUGGAUUUUGUGGCUUUGGGGAUAGCUGCAAGUUCUUGCAUGACCGAUCAGAUUACAAGCAUGGUUGGCAGAUUGAAAGAGAACUGCAGGAAGGCUCUUAUGGUAAGGAUGAUGAUGAUGUUGACCGAUAUGCAGUUGAGUCAGAUGAAGAUGAACUUCCUUUCAAGUGUUUCAUUUGCCGUGAUUCCUUCAAAGAUCCUGUUGUAACUAAGUGCAAGCAUUAUUUUUGUGAGAAGUGUGCAUUGCAGCAGUACAAAAAGUCUACAAGGUGUUAUGUGUGUGGGACUCAGACUACUGGUGUCUUCAAUCCUGCUAAAGAACUCAUGGCUCGACUUCAGUGCCAUGCUGAAGAAGAUUCUGAUUGA